CCAACACUUUUUUUGUGGUCUCAACCUUUGUGAAGUUGUGAACCCAGCGCGCGCAUAUACUGUUAUUGCAAAAUCAACCACAACUACGACUGCACCAUUCGUGCGAUCACGAUGGCAACCAAGAAGCAGUCCCCAGCGGCUGUCAGCGCUGCACCCAAAUCUGCCAAGAAAACGUCAUCCCCCAUUGCCGACGGCUAUCUCUUCUUCUACAAUGCCGCCUCGGCAAUCCUCUGGGCCGCAGUCCUGGGCCGCGUGCUCCUGACGAACUACCUGCAGGGCCCCGAAUUUGUCCCGUUGGUUGUUAUGGACUUUGCGCGCUGGACACAGACCCUCGCGGGUCUCGAGAUCCUCCACGUCGCUAUUGGCCUCGUACGAACGUCCCUCAUCACCACCGCUAUGCAGGUUGGCUCUCGCUACCUCCUUGUCUGGGGUGUCGUCUGGCUCUUCCCUUCGGUCGCCACCAGCCCAGGCUACUCGAGCAUGCUUUCCGCCUGGGCCACAACCGAGGUCAUCCGCUACACGUACUUUGCUCUGCUGCUGGCCGGCGUUGACGCCCCCGGCCUCGCUUGGCUGCGCUACAGCACCUUCAUCGUCCUCUACCCCGUCGGUAUUCUGAGCGAGUGCUGGAUGAUGUGGCUUGCCGCCACUAGCCGCGCCGAGGUCACCCACCCGCUGCUGCCGACCGUAUACUACAUCAUUCUGUUCGUUGUCUACCCGCCUGGAUCAGUCCACAUGUACUCGCACAUGUGGAAGCAGAGGUCCAAGGUUCUGAGCAAGGCCAAGAACCACGAGAAGGCCAACUAGACGGAUGUAGGAACAAAUGAGCAACGAUGCAAGGUGAAUUGCGGGGGAUAUAGAAUGUCCACAGGGACAACAUAGGCGGGUGCAUUUAUGGUAUCUAAAAGUAUACAUCCUAGACAAAAAGCUAUUUCCUUUAGGGUUGGUUGUAGAGCGAUUGUAGCAUAAGGAAUGUCAUGCGACUCUUUGACACUGACGAGUGUGCCCAACACCUACUAUAAUUCUAUCUUGGCGGGCUCCUCUGCGCUAGACUCAUACCAGUCGUUCUUUGCCCAAGAAGUAAUGAGCUCAGCCGCAUCUGUCUUGAGCUUUUCAAAUCCAGGGUUCUGAGGCUUUUCAAACAUUGCUGUACAUGCCACAUGGUUAGAUUAUUACCAGCAGGAAUGCAAGACGCUUGACGACGAGAUAGACUUACACGUAUGAG